UAUUAUCCGCUGCAUGGUCCUACGUAAUGACGUCUUCGCAACCGGAAGAGACUUCAAGGUAUCUUUGAUUCUCUAGGAGGGGUGAGGAGAGUCCGACGAAAUGGAAGGGGAGAAGGAGGUCAGCGGGAUUCGAUUCCUGGUCAGGAAGAAUCUUGAGUCGGCGAAUGAACGAGGAGUUUUCCUCCUCGCAGUCAGGAAUGGAAAAGGCUUAGUCGUGCAGGUUCGCCAGCCGAGCAACAUCAACAUGGAGACCAAACCCAUCGCCAACGGCGUCGCUCCGUCGGAGGACGUCAUUGACCACGGCAGCUCGAAUUCUCACCCUGACCGUCCCGACGUCGCCGAAGUCGGCAUCGACAACCCGACGAUCGAACUCGGUGACGAGGAACCCAUCUCGGUGCACAUCAUCCGCCCCGAAGUAGCCGGCACCGCCCCGGCCGUCAACCACGGCAUCAUGCCCAAUAACAACGUCAUGAAAGAUGGCUACGCCGUCGACCCCUCCGCCUAUGAACUCCUCAAUGACGCGAAAGUGGUGGAGAUGGAAAUGGACGAUCGAACAAUGGUAUCUGACAGAGAUGAAUACGAAAAGAACAAUGAUGACGAUUCGGAAGAGGAGGAGGAGAGAGAGACAUGGGGAACGAAAGUCGAUUUUCUCCUAUCCGUCAUUGGUUUUUCAGUCGACUUGGCGAACGUGUGGAGGUUUCCAUAUCUAGUGUACAGGAACGGGGGAGGUGCGUUCCUCAUACCUUACGUGUUGUUUCUACUGAUCGGAGGGAUACCCAUGCUGUACAUGGAGUUAGCACUCGGUCAGUACAACAGAGGGGGUGCCAUCAGUGUAUGGAAGAUAUGCCCCAUUUUUCAAGGUGUAGGUUGGGCAGUGCUGGUGAUCGCCUGGUACGUCGGCUUCUCCUACAACGUCGUGAUCUCCUGGUCGUUCUACUACCUCUUCGCGAGCUUCACCGGCGAGUUGCCAUGGAGGUACUGCGACAAGGAGUGGAACACGCCCCUCUGUUUCGACGACACCAUGAACGCUUCGUACGUCGAGAUCGACGGCGUGUCCGUCUGGCUGAACUACUCCACCGGCAACGCACCGGCCAAGGAAUACUUUGAUCUCGAGAUGCUGAGAAGGGAUCGGAGUACUGGGCUCUUUGAUCUAGCGGGGAUGUCAUGGCAACUGCCUCUCUGUCUCAUCCUGGUCUUCAUCAUCCUUUACUUCUCCAUCUGGAAAGGCGUCAAGACCUCAGGAAAGGUGGUAUGGGUGACCGCUACCCUCCCAUACUUUGUUCUCACUAUUCUGCUCAUCCGUGGAGUCACCCUCCCCGGGGCUGGAAAAGGCAUCAGGUAUUACCUCUACCCCAAUUUCGCACUUCUCGCCCAGCCCACGGUCUGGAUAGAUGCAGCCGUGCAGAUCUUCUAUUCAAUUGGAGCUGGGUUUGGAGUGCACAUUGCUUUUGCUAGCUACAACAAAUUCAAUAGUAAUGUUUAUAGAGAUGCUAUUUUUACGGCAUCUAUUAACUGUUUCACGAGUUUCUUCUCGGGAUUCGCAGUCUUUUCGAUUCUUGGGUAUCUGUCUCACAAAACUGGUAAAGAAAUAUCAGAAGUUGCGACUGACGGUCCCGGGUUGGUAUUUACAGUUUACCCAGAAGCAAUUGCGACGAUACCCGGAGCGCCAUUUUGGUCGAUUAUCUUUUACAUCAUGCUCAUUACACUGGGGCUGGAUAGUUCGUUUGGCGGUACGGAGGCCAUCGUCACUGGGUUGGUCGACCAGUUCCCCAAAUUCUUUAAAAAAAGGCGAGAGUACCUGGUCCUCGCCAUCGUUGUCUCUUUCUUUUUCUUCACCCUCAUCAACGUCACAUACGGGGGCAUAUACGUCUUCCAUCUGGAGAACGAGUACGCUGCGUCGACGUCGCUUCUCUUCGUGGUCGCCAUAGAAGUUUUUGCGGUAGCCUGGUUUUAUGGGGUCAAUCGGUUUGCAAGGGAUAUACAAGAAAUGAUCGGUUUUCUUCCUAGUAUUGUCUGGAGGAUCUGUUGGAAAUUCGUCUCAACUACCUUUGUCUUUGUGAUGUUCAUAGUGAGUAUGGUUUUAUCAACGCCGCUGGUCUAUGAUGAAUAUACCUAUCCUCAAUGGGGUAACGUGUUAGCAUGGUUAUUUGCUGCAUCCUCUAUGAUCAUAGUACCCAUUGGUGUUGUCUACCAGCUGAUAGUGGCCCCUGGAUCGGGUCUAAAAGAGAAAUUCGCCUACGCUAUCACACCACGCGCAGAGCACGAUAUGAUAAGGGAAAAGGGAGAAGUCACAAGAUUCAAGGCAAAACAUUGGCUGUCUAUUUAGGACGGUUGGACUCAGUCAAGAGGAACUAGAAUCAUUUCGCCAUCGGAUCCAUUCGGCCCAUACAUUUGUGAGCGAGUCGCCCGUAUCCUGAGCAACUCGGCCCUAAACUCUGGCAAAUGACGCAGAUUGUGCAUGCAUGCCACACUGCAACAUAAUUAUAACUGUUGGGGGGGGGGGGGUUGCUCUAAAUAUCUUAUACAGAGGAAACAAACAUUCUUUGUUGGAUAGAUGAUCGUUAAAAUGCAAUUCCUUGGACCUCUGUGGUCGGGAUUCUGAUAUGCAUGUAUAGAUUUUUUUUUUUAAACGCUCUGAGAAUAUAGAUAUACUAUAUACGAGAAAAGUUUUUUUUCCGGGAAAAGAUUUUGAGACUCAAUUCAACCUCGUCUAUCUACACAAACACCAUCAAAAUCAUCGAAUUAUUCACAUUUAUGUUAUUAAUUUGUUUUCUUUUUUCUAUCGAAUAUGACAAUAAAACAAGAUUACAGUUAACCAUUUCAUCAUUUUCCAUCUGGGUUUCGACCCCAGAUAGAAGCGUAAAGGCUCGUGAAAAACAAUUUGAAAAGGUUGUAAAUGUAUGUCCACAAUUGUUCAGGUAUGACGCAACACAUCUAUGGCGGCUUAUUAAUGAUGACGUAAAAUGUUAUAUCUUAUAUCAGCUCAGUGAAUACGCACAAGUCCUUUGUCCAAGUAACAAACAACAAAAAACCGUGGCGGCUUAUUUGCGGCGAUCUACCGCGUCAUAUCGUCAUAUCGUCAUAUCAUGUCUUUACACUGAUAACUACAGGGUAGUUUUAUGGUACUCAGUGGCAACACUUAUUGACAUUAUUAGCUUGAAACCUUCAGCUAUGAGAUUCAAAACUUCUUCAGAACGGAGCUUGCUUCUGUAAAAAAAUAUUAUUCAAAAUUUGGGGGAGAUGAUACAGUUUUCCUCAAAACUGUUUGGAAUAUUAUACCCACAAAACAAAAAUCAACAUAAAAUACGGUAGUUGCUAUUUUUGAAAAAUAAACCUAAUUCAAUUUCCCAGUCUCAUAUCCGAAAAAUACUGUAAAAAUCCUUUUUUUAUUAUUUUUUUUUAUUAUUCAGUUAUAUUUGCGCGCAGAAAGAGACUUUAUAAACAACAAUUUCCGUGACGUGCAAAUAUUUGUUAAAGUUAUACUAGAAAGAAGGAAAAAAGGAUAUAGAUAUUCAUGGCGGUGUUAGAAAUGUAAAAUCUUUUAACAUGCAUUUUUUGUUUCUGUGUACAACUUCUAAAAGGAUUAUAUAUAUAAAUGAGCGCUUUAGAUAUUUAGAUUAGUCUCUGAAAACAAAUUUUACCAGCCACUAAGGUAAAUUAUGUCAGGCUUUCCUAUCAUAAUUUGUUUAGUUUUGACAUUCGGCUGGCAAAACGUAUUGUAUCGAUAACUACAUGUAUUUCAAGAUAGUAGGGUACAGUGUAUUAUCAAAAGU